AUGUCGUCUGCCGUUCCUUACGAACCCGAUGAUUUUGAUAACAAUCCAUUUGCUGAGCAGAGUGUGAUAUCAGUUUCUUCUUCAAAGGCUCAGCAGCCCGCUACUACUCAGCAGCCAGAGCCAAAUCCAUUACCGCAACAGUAUCAGAGAACUGCUAUGCAAUCUCGGCCUUUACCCCAGCCACCUUCACCAGACUUACAAAAGAAAGAUGAUCUUGAACUAAAGAAACCUUUCCAUGAUUUCCCGAAUGAUAAGGAUAUCAAACGUUAUCUUCCCGAAAGACUAAACAAAAGCUCUUUCAGUAUUUCUGUAAAGGUGAGAGAAGUGGAGAAAAAUGGAACCGUGACAUAUAAAAACCCCGUGUUCCGAUUAGAUGCUUCGACUAAAAACAUCCCGGGCUUCAGAAAAGAGACAUAUAAAGAUGUGAGAAGAACUUUCAAGGAACUAGAAAGUCUCUACAAGUACCUUAUCUACAAUAACAUCGAGGUAUUUGUUCCCUCAUUACCUGUUAUUACUACGGCUUACAAUGCAAUGUCUCCUGAAUUUGUUGAAUCUAUCACGUCCAGUAUUCAAGAAUGGUUUAAUAGGGUGUGUAAUAACCCUAUAUUGAUAAGGAACCAGGAGUUUGUGCUAUUUUUCGAGCAGAAUGAUUUUAGCUACACUUCUUCAAAGACUAAGCCUUCCACAAAUUCUGUAAUGGCCACGGGCAUAAGACGAAAGACAUUGAAGCAACUUCAGCCACCUUACGAUGCAUCGCAAGAACUUGCUGAGUACAGACCAAUGAUCAAAUGCAUUCAUGUUGAAUCAGAAAAGUUCGUUGAGAAAUUGGAUAAACUGUUGAGGUUGGAGAAACAGUGUUCGGAUCUUGACACAGAGUUUUAUCAGAAGAUAACGGCGCUUUCACCCAUGGAGGAGAAUAAAGACAUGAUGAAGAUUUGGGAGAAACUCAACAAGGUGAUGCAACUCUUUACUGAGAUGUCUCUAGUCGGACAUGUCAAUUCUAGCUCCCGUCUUUGUGAAUGCUUUCAGUUAAUUUCAAAUGAUUGUUACAACAUCAAAGAGUCCCUUACUAAUAGACACUUACUCAUGAGAGAGCUAACCAAUGCUGAAGAAAGUACUAAGAAAAGACAUGCCUCUAUUGCCAGAUUGAAAUCCAAAUCUAUCAUUGAUCCCGUUAAGAUCGAUGAUUCUAUUAGAUCGUUGGAAAUGUCAAACAACUAUGAAAAAGAGUUGAGAUGCGAGGUCAAACGAACAACAUAUGAGAUGUUGGUUGAAUCCAAAGACUAUAUUAAAUAUUUGACCGCAUUGUUGAAGAAGACAUUCAAACUCACUGCACAACAGCAGAUAAUUCAGGAAAGAAAAAAACUACAUUUUCUUGAAACUAAGAAGCUGAUCAAUCCUCAGGAAUCAUUGGGAAGGUUGGGUAGGGAAUUAUUACCAGAAGUUGUCGGUAAUUUGUCACCUACUAAGAGUCAUGGAGAUUCGUGGAAUUCUAGAACCAAGAAGAAUUUUGAGAACACGAACGGAUCAGCGGCUGACACAGGUGCCGAUAGUAUCGAUGAGGAUAUUUCACAUGUAGAUGCUAAGAGUGCUGCAAGCCUUCUAGCUGGAUCAUCGUUCUAG